AAGUACGUUUUCUGCUUUGCUGACGAACCAGUAGCAGUUGUCAAAAUUAAGGUUUGUUUUUCCCAGGCAGUAUGGGCCGUGGUUAUAUAGUAGAGGAUGCUGUGGAGGUGUAUCUGUCCGGACUGUGUGAACUGCAGGCAGGUCCUAUCGCUGGCCUGCUUAUUGGACAGUGUACACCUCAGAGGGAUUUUGUUAUAAUGGCAGCUCGAACACCCGAAAAGACAGAGCCUACUGGAGUAACCGUGAACUCUGUGGACAAGGAGUGGGUUACUGAGCAUGCUCGACAGGUAUCCAGGAUGCUGCCAGGAGGUCUGUCAGUUUUAGGAGUUUUCAUCAUCACUGAUGCAGAAGCGAAAGAGACACUGACAUUACUCCGCCAGCUGGUUUUCUCAGUGGAAAACCUGAUCUCUUCUGAACAUCUGUGGAGCCCUGCUGAUGAUGAUGUCACAGAUUGUGUCACACUGCACAUCAACUCCAAAACGAGAAAAACAGUCUGCAGAACCUUUGAUGUCAGUGACAACAAGAGCAUAGCCAAGCCUGCUGAUUGGAAGUACCAGUCAGGUCUGUGUUCGUCCUGGUCCAUGGUGUCAUGUUGUCUAAAUAUGGACGUGGUGGUACCACUGCCAGUGCACAGAACCAGCAAUCAAAUCAUGGAUAAAUGUCUCAAGGAAGGACUGAAAAUGUGGGUGCACCAGAUUGAGAGUGGAAUUUGUCUGAUUGAUGGAAAGAAGUUCCCAGAUGAUUCUGAGCUGACAGCGGGACAGAAGAGGAAUACAAGACAGAUGCACACAGCUCAACUGUUCAUCACACCGGAGCAACAGCGGCUCACAGAUGUUGUCCAGCGGUGUGGAGGUAGCGUGUCUGUCAGAGGAGCAAUCCAUAGCAGAGCUUACCUGCAGAGCAAUCGGCCAAAGGCCAGACUGGCAGAGAAGCUGUUGAAGCGGGAUGUUAUUUCUACGGUAACCACAAGGGUUCAAAUGCUUCUGGAAGAGCUGCUGACAGCAGAAUAUGAGAGCAACAGCAGCUGUCAAGAAAAACCUCAGACAGAACAGUUUUGUCUUCCUCGCCGUGUCUUCUGUCCAAUAAAAGGGGUGGGACCUGUGUGUGUUUGCGACUACCAGUUCAGUGAUGAAAGUCUGUCUGAGGUGACUGACAGGCUGAAGGAGAUGAUGGACAUCAAUGCUGCUGAGGACAACUUGGAUACCAGACAAGAAAUUAUUCCUGAAAUCACAGAGAAUCAAGAAGAGUUCCCUAUGGAAACAAAGCCAGAGUCCAUGACCAACACCUACAUUGGGGUUGCUCUGGCUGGUGUCGUCGCCAUGCUUGCCUCAGCUGCCUCACUGCUUUAUUUCAGUGACUUUUGAUACACACUAAAUAAAGAAUUUAAAUGGAUCUACCAGA